UAUGUAUACACUCUUGCUUGCAUAUUCUUCCUUGUUCAUCUCCCUUUCUAUUCUCCACUGUUUUGGAGCUAGUUAUUGUUGCAUACCAGUGUUAAGGGGGUGAAAAUGCUAUUCUCUUUUAGAUCUUGAUGGACUUUGGUUGCUGAGAAUUUUGUGUAUAUAAUCAUAUGGUUACAGAAGAAAAGAGGGACUGCACGGGGUUUCAGUUUAAGCCACCUGGGUGUUGGGUUCCACUUCCAUGGUUGAAGGAGAAAAGCGCGUUUUGGAUUCAGAACGUUGGCAUGCAUGUGUUGGUCCCUUUGUUUCUUUACCAGUUGUUGGAAGCUGACUUGUGUACUUUCCACAAGGUCACAGUGAACAGAAGCAUGCAAAUUGCUGAGGCUCUCCAAAUGCAAAUGGAAGUGCAGAAGAAACUUUAUGAGCAAAUUGAGGUGCAGAGACAAUAUGCAAGUGCUAUUGCAUGCACAGUUUCAACAAAAAUUGGAACCAGUUUUGAGUCUGAAUCAUGA